GGUAGUUCGGCAAAGAUCCGUUAGAGGGCGCCACUUGGUAGUUCGGCAAAGAUCCGUUAGAUGGCGCCACUUGGUAGUUCGGCAAAGAUCCGUUAGAUGGCGCCACUUGGUAGUUCGGCAAAGAUCCGCCAGAGGGCGCCACUUGGUAGUUCGGCAAAGAUCCGUUAGAUGGCGCCACUUGGUAGUUGUUCAUUGAUCCCCGUCAGAUGGCGUUACUUUGUACGUGUAAGUUAGUUAGUUAUCGAUGAAUUUAAAAAGUUCGGCAAAGAUCCGUUAGAUGGCGUCACUUGUUCCUUCCGCAAUGAUCCGUCUUUGUAAGUAAGUUAGCUAUGGAUCUGUUUAAAAAAUAUAUAGAGGGCGCCACUUGCCCCCUUCCCGCCGCCUCCCCGCCCUCCCCCGCCCCCUCCCCGCCGCUGCCCCUGGCCCUGCGCCCCUUGGUAGUUGUGCAUAUAUCCUCGCCAGUUGGCGCUACUUUCUAUGUUUAAGGUAUUUAUCUCCCGAGGGAAAACUUCGCUAAAAUAGAUGGCACCACUUUGUACGUGUACGACAAACAAAAAGUGACGAGGUGGCCUCCAGUGGCGAAGGUCGGAUUCGAACCAGCGUCUUUAGCUAACCGGGGCGUCUUUAGCCAGUUAACGUCAUGAACCCCUAGGCCACCCCGUCACGGUGAAACUGGUCCUAAUUUCUCGACUAUAUAUGCAAUCGUAAUGAGACUAGGCGUUAUGUGAAAUUCGCAUGUAUCGAUGCCAAUUUCCUAUAGCUCGUUGAGCAAUAAUGUAAAUGACUACAUUUGACCUCGCUCGACAAAGAUGAUUCAGUUUGCACCGAAAGUUGAGGUAAGUACAUAUAUUUAUAUUUUAAUUAUUACAAAAUAAUGUAGUUUCGUUUCCUGUACGAUAACUUAACAAACAAAUCUUUUCCUCUUUUCAUAUAGUUCAUGAGAACCGUUUCACACGUUUCUUUACCACAUGCGCCCCGCCCGUCUACACCCCACCCCUCCACUGAAUUUUUCUGCUAUAAAAGAGCAUGUUGAACCAUAUUCCCACUACAGUGUCACAACGAAUAUUGCGUUGAAAUCAUGGAUCCGCAAGCUUCAUCACAUACCAAAUCCGACAACAAUACCAUCACCACUUGGUGCUGCCAGUGCUGGUUGUCCACCACCACAAGCGGCGGCGGCGGCGGCUGUGACGGUGGCUGUAGCAGCUCCACUUCGCAAUCGUCACCCGGACCACAACCGAUGGCAACAGCAAAGGCACUGUUAAAACAAGACGAUGGGGACAAGGGAAAAACAAACUGCCUAGAGAGCGCUUCUGAGAGCGAUACGAGCGAUGAAAUGAAAUCUUUUUAUCAAGGAUGUAAAAGCAAGUGGAUAAAAGCGUUCCAGAACAAUACUCUGAUUAAUAGAUGGCGCCUCCCCAUGCCAUUUCACACAUUUAGAGCGGAAGUAGCGAGAUUGUUAAAACGAUUGUAUAUCGAAGGUCACCAUGACGAUUGUCAUAUUUACCCGUUAAUUGUAAUGUGGGACGAUUUAAACGAUGACGUAGAAGAGAUAGUGGGAGAUGCUCAAAUCAACUAUCAAGACUGGAUUGCGUUAUUAGGUGGCGUUACAGCGGAACUAUUUUCACGCGUGGUGUUCAAUACUAAAUCUUUUAAUUAUUUAAUCAAUGUAAUAUUUUGUGUGCUAGGUCCAAACAUAAUAGCUUCCGGUGAUUAUGAAUGUGAACCUAAAUGUAAGAAUGCUCGUACAUAUUAAGGUGAUGAUGCAUUUAUUCCUUGUCAUUGUUUAAUUUUAAAUUGUUAGCUCGCUGCGAAUGUAAAUGUUUUAAUGUACACGUAUUAAUAAUAAAUUCAUAUUACUGAAUA